AUGUCCACAGAGCCUCCAGAUUCUGCUUUGAAAGAACUUCCUCAAAAUACCUCAAGUGAUGUAAAGUUUGAGUUUAUUUGUCAAAAAUUUUACGAUCUCUAUCAAGAACAGAAAGAAAACACGCUUAAGAGCAAACACUUCGAACAAAAUUUACAGCAAUUGCGUAUCGAAAAGGAUCAACUUCAGAAUGAACGAAAUCGUUUAGUACUGCAAAAGGAUAAACUUGAAACUUUAUGCCGUGAGUUGCAGAAGCAAAAUAAGGUUAUUCAGGAAGAAAGUUUAUCACGAGCACGUGCUGAAGAUGAGAAACGUCGUGAAGUAUCUGAUCAUUUUCAAACUAGUAUAACAAACAUUCAAAAUCAAUUGUGUGAAUAUCAGAUGAAAAAUUUAGAAUUACGUAGAGAAAAUCAAGAAUUAGCUGAAAAAUUGGGUGAAUUUAUUAAACAACACGAGAAACGUGAAGAAAACGUGGACAAGCUUAUGCAAAAACGUGAUUUAGAAAUAAAACUAUCUGAAGCAAAGUUGAACAAAGCUCAAUGUGUACUGGAUCAAGAAAAGGCCAAAAAUCAACAGAAGAUUCUUCAAUUAGAAGAAGAAAUCAAAUCUUUAAAAAAUCGUUUAGAUGUUCAAGUAAAAAUUGAAGAAAAGUUGAAAGAACAGAUUGUAUUUUAUAAAGAGAAAUACCAAUCAUUUAAUAAGGCAAUGUCAGAGAGUCGAAAACUGUUUGACUCUGCUAAAGAGGAAAUGGAAAAGCUUGGUAAACGUAUUCAACGCGGAGAAAGUGAUGCUGUUGAAUGGCGAGGUAAAUGGGAAGUUAGUCAACGUAGUUUACUAGAAUUAGCUGAACAACAUAAAGAAAAAGUGAAUGAAUUGAAUAGUGCUAAUAAAAAAAUUGAAAAAAUUAGUAAUUUAUGUAGAGUAUUACAAAAUGAAUUGAAUGAACUAAGACAACAACAGCAACACCAACAGCAAAAACAACAACCACCACCGAAGGAACAAUCCCACCAACCACAAUCACAACCACAACAACAUGACUUAUCAAAUGAUUCAUUCAAGGAGAAUUCAACACCUUCUGUUUCUUUACAUCAUGAAAAUGGUGAAAGUGAACAUCAAGAAAUAAAGAAUGAUGAGAAUACUAGAGAUAGAGAUAGUCAACAAUCCAUAGAGUAUAAUGAUACAAUUACCCCCACCACCGGAUCGAAUUUAGUUGAUCCUUCUUCUUCUUCUGAUGAUGCUGAUGAAAGUGAUGAUCAUGAUCAAGCUUAUAAAUCAUCAAAUGAUAAUUCAAUUCGUACAUUUACUACAACGACAAUUACAAAUUCGACAACAAGAACAACACAUGAAUUUAAUAGUUCAUCAGAUACUAUUGCUCAUUGUACAGGAAAUAUGCAUAAGUUGAAAUUGAAUCCUGUUAAUACUGAAACUGCUACUGCUGCUGCUACUCCUCCUGCUCCUCCUACUAAUACUGAUAAUAAUAGUAGUAAUACUGAAAAGUAACUUUAAAUCCUGAAGUACAGAAAUCGAUGAAGACCUCUGAUGAAGACAAAUGCCAAUAAAUUCUUCGAAUCGAAAUACCCUCAUGUGUUUUUGUACGUGUGUAUGUGUGUGUGUGUGUGUGUGUGCGUGCAUGCGUGUGCGUAGUGCUACCCACCAAAAAAGAAGUGUAGUUUGCACUUAAUAAUUCCACCCUCCUUUAAUUUAUGAAAAAGUCUUUUACA